AUGGCUUCGGCAACUGUGCAGGACAUCACAAUGAACGACCUCUCUGAAGGUUCUUCAUCGAGAGUAAAAAGUUAUAUGGCGAGUAAAGUGGAGGCCUUGGAGGCGAUAAUAAGAGAAAAACAACAGAACGUUAAUCGUCUCGAGGCUCAGAGGAAUGAGUUGAACAGCAGUGUACGACAGUUGAGGGAGGAACUACAGUUGUUGUUGGAACCGUGCAGCUCUGUGGGUGAAGUUGUGAAGCCGAUGGGAAAGAAUCGCGUGUUGGUGAAGAGUGGUAGCGAAGGAAAGUAUGUUGUUGACGUGGACCCGAGCAUCGACAUCACUAAGUGCACUCCUACGACGAGGGUUGCCCUCAGAAGCGACACAUAUACUCUACAUAAGCUGCUUCCCUCGAAGGUCGAUCCUCUGGUAUCUCUGAUGAAGGUGGAGAAGGUCCCGGAUAGCACCUACGAGAUGGUUGGCGGCCUCGACAAGCAGAUUAAAGAAGUUAAAGAAGUUAUCGAGUUGCCGAUCAAGCAUCCUGAAAUCUUCGAGAGUUUGGGUAUUGCUCAACCCAAGGGUGUACUGCUAUACGGUCCACCAGGAACGGGAAAAACCCUGCUAGCUCGUGCUGUGGCGCAUCAUACGGACUGCACUUUCAUCAGAGUUUCGGGAAGCGAGUUGGUCCAGAAGUAUAUUGGUGAAGGAUCACGAAUGGUUCGCGAGUUAUUCGUUAUGGCUCGAGAGCACGCACCGUCUAUCAUCUUCAUGGAUGAGAUCGAUUCCAUUGGAGGGCAGCGUGUCGAGGGAGAGAGCGGUGGUGACUCGGAGGUGCAGCGAACAAUGCUGGAGCUACUGAACCAGCUGGAUGGUUUCGAAGCAUCUACUAAUAUCAAGGUCAUCAUGUGUACCAACAGAAUUGAUAUUCUGGAUGACGCUCUACUCCGUCCUGGUAGAAUUGAUAGGAAGAUCGAGUUCCCCAACCCGAAUGAGGACGCUCGGGUUGAGAUUCUGAAGAUUCACUCGAGGAAGAUGAACCUUAUGCGUGGCAUCAAUCUGCGCAAAAUUGCCGCUCAGAUGAACGGAGCCUCGGGAGCUGAAUCGAAGGCCGUAUGCACGGAAGCUGGUAUGUUCGCUUUGAGGGAGAGGAGACAGCAUGUUACACAAGAAGAUUUCGAAAUGGCAGUUGCCAAGGUUAUGCACAAGGACGCGGACAAGAACAUGAGUCUGAAGCAGCUGUUCAAGUAAAGGAGGAAAGCAG